GUCCAUAUUGGGAUAAAUAAAUGAUUGAACAGGUAAAAAAAAAAUGGGGGAAAGCUCAUCCUUCCAGCAGAAUUCCAGUCGUUAAAUCUAAAAGAGUGAUGGGCAUUUCACACACAUCACACCAGUGGGCCAGGGAUGUUGGCAGACAGGAGUGGGCUGGAGUGUGAUACGAAACAGGGUACUUGCAGAGUCUCAAAGUAUCGUCUUCCACAAGACACUUAUUCAUUACAAAGGGAGAAGCAGUAACUCUGCAGGGAGCUUCCCAUCACCCAGUGACGCCACCUUAACCAAGGAAUCAAGGUCAGCAUCACCGUGGUGGGACAUCCUGGCACCAUAGACCUCGAUAGGAUGCACGGUGAAGGCACAAGAUCCCUGCGGUGGCAUUCCUGCCCAAGUCUUCAACCUCAUCAUGAGAAGGCAUCAGGCAGACCCAAAAUGGGCUCUGAAGUCUGUCUCCCUCUGUUUAAACCUGGCUGCCCUACGACUCACUGGGUGGCUUUGGAAAGUCACUUCACUUCUACUUGCCUCAGCUUCCUCAUCUGUAAAAUGAGGAUUGUACCAGUACCCACCUCAGACAGUUAUAUGGAGAGUUAAGUGUGUUGAUAAAAUACAUAUGCCAUGCCUACAGCGGUGCUGUGGCUCAGAGUGAGGGCUGUGAUAGUGUCUGCAGUUAUCCUGUGAGACCAGCAGCGUCUUCUGCCAACCUCAGGGAUAUUUGUUUCUUUCCUUUUCCCCCUCUCACUCUGCUUCUGGAAGCUUCCGGUGCACGCCCUGGUGCUGAGCCCUCCUCCACCAGCUGUUUUGUUCUAACAGUUUUCCCCACUCCCCAGUAGGUAGUUGAAGCACCAGUCUCUGGACCUUAAGGAUCUCUACUUUUGAAAGAAUCAGAAUGAGUGCCCUCUCAGUUAGGGCUGUUGAAAAGACAGAGCUCAUGUCACCAGAGAGCCUUCUGCGGGCCAGUUUCCUUUAUUCCCAGCCCGGGGUCCAGACCUUUCUGGGCUGGGCUUGUGGGACCUUGUGGUUUAGGGGAGCAGUGGUGUGGAUCUGUGUCACAAUGACCUGGCCAAGCCCUAACCCCAUGUCACAUGUUUAGCAGCCGUUCGGCCAAUGAGACUGGCGCACACACACACAGCCUGAGUCCCCACUUGGCCUUGCCUUUGAUGUCACAAUCUGACCUUGUGGAUAUAAACCUGGCCGCAGCUCUCACACACCAGUCGGCAAGGUCAGGAGGACCAGUGCAGUAGGAUGUGGAAGAGAAUUGACCAUCAGCUCAAGAUCAAGGCAGGGGAUGGGCCGCAGGCAGGCCAGUUCAAGGAACUGGGUCCUGGUCGGGAACCUGCCGUGCCACACCCUCUCUCACUGUCGGAAUUCCAGACCGUCCCAGUGUUUGAGGACAUCAGCCAGCACGUCAAAGAAGUGGGGGACCAGCUGGUGAAGAAAGUCAAUGCCAUCUUCCAGCUGGACAUCACCAAAGAUGGGAAGACUGUCCACCAGUGGACCAUUGAUCUGAAGAACGGCUCUGGGGACACGUAUCUAGGACCUGCCAGGCUCCCAGCAGACACCAUCUUCACUAUCCCCGAGCCUGUCUUCAUGGAGUUGAUUUUGGGCAAAAUGAACCCUCAGAAGGCUUUCCUUGCCGGCAAGUUCAAAGUGAGCGGCAAAGUUCUACUUGGCCAGAAGCUGGAGAGAGUUUUCAAGGACUGGGCUAAGUGGUAAGCCUGCCGAAAUAUCAGGAAAAUGAGCAGACCUUCUCUCCAAUUAUGUCAAGCAGCAAUCAUGCUUAAGCUGAAGAUUAAAACAAAAAGUAUUCAAUAUUUUUACUCAAAUUCUUCCUAUUCAAGUUUGAUUAAUGUUCCUGCUGAUGUGUUAAUUUGGAGUGAGGGUUCUAGAGCAGUAAAGAGAGUUGCAGUGUAUCACCUAAAA